CUGGCGUUUCUUAUUGAAUAUAAAAAUUAGAUAGUGAAUACGAAAAUGUUUAGGGGCGACAAAAUUAUCGCAAUCGGCAUAACCUUACUGUUUUGCACAAAAACUUUCUUUAUGUCCUUCUUUGCGCUAAAUCAACAUCCGCGUUCCUAUCAACUCAUAGUGGAGCUUAGCGCGUAUGGCCAUCCAACGACAUAUUUAUGGAUCACGUUCCUACUGAAUUUGACGGCUUUCAUAGCGGGUUUUUUUCUAUUCGCUGGACUCUGUGAGAAUCUGUAUACUUUCUUUUCGCCAGCCUUCGCCGUUAUUGUAUGCUUCAUUGUUGGUGAUUUGUUCUUUCAUUGCCUUUUCCUAUUCGUCACCGUUGAAUUUCAUUUGCUUAUGAUAUUCAAUUUUUGCACGACGCUUGUGUUUGCUGCUUGCAUGUUCUUUAUUUACAAAUACUCUAAAGUUUUCUAUGAACUCAAUCCUACGCAAGUUUUGCAGCGAAAUGGAUCUGAAAGCGAAUAAGCUUUUACAAAAGCUGAAUUUUACUGACGUGGAGAAAAAAAUUUAAAAAAAAAUUUAAAUUAAAUAAUAAAAAAAAAAUAAAAAACUUAAACUAUGUCUCUACGCUGAUCUUGACUUUUAUAUCAUAAAUCAAAAAAAAAAAAAUAAUAAAUAUAUAAAUACGUAGCUCAG